AGAGAGCUGCAGAGCCAACCCGCACUCACUGCGAGCUGUGAGCUGUGAACUGCAGCUGCGCUGUGCUGUGUGCUCUGUAAGCCAGACACUUGGCUGAGAGCUGCAGAGGAAGCCAGACAGGGCUCUCUGAGAACUGCGUUGCCAGCUAGACAGCGCUCCCCGAGAGCUGCUGUGCUAGCUAGGCAGUGCUCCCCGAGAGCUUCGGAGAGAUCCAGACCGGAGAAACUACGGAGUCGUCUCUGGAAACAGCGAAGCGAGCCUCUGGAGGCUCGCUUCCAACUCCGCUUUCAAGCUGGAGGAAGAUCCUGGACCGCCACCGCGCAGGCAUGCUCAACAUUGGAAGAAAAAGCGCAACAGUCGGAGACGGGCCGCCGCCAAUCAAGCAAGGGACAUGUCGCAGCUAGGUACGAAUACGGGUGACUCCAGCCCUCCGGAGUCCCCUAUUCCUCCAGCCCAUAACCGCCCCACUGUUCUGAUGCGGGCUCCGCCUGCUUCCUCCCGGGCUCCUCCAGUCCCUUGGGAUCCACCUCCCGUGGACUUGCAGGCUCCCCUGGCUGCUUGGCAGGCUCCUCAGCCUUCCUGGGAGGCUGCAGAGGGCCAGCUGCCUGCCUCGAUGGCUCAGUUGGCCCAACCUCCUGCCCUAGGGGCCCCAAUGGUCCAGGCUCCGCCGCUGGGGGGGGCGAUGGCCAGGCCUCCAACUCCUGGAGUCUUGAUGGUCCAUCAGCCUCCUCCGGGGGCCCAGGUGGCCCAGCCAUCAACUCCGGGAGUCCUGAUGUUGCAUCCUUCUGUCCCGGGGGCCCCUUUGGCUCAUCCUCCUCCCCCAGGAACCCCAAUGACACACCCUCCCUCUCCUGGGACCCCAAUGGCGCAUCCUCUUCCUGGGACCCCAAUGGCCCACCCUCCUUCUCCUGGGACCCCGAUGACCCACCCUCCUUCUCCUGGGACCCCGAUGGCCCAUCCUCUUUCACCUGGGAACCCGAUGGUACACCCUCUCUCUCCUGGAACCUCAAUGGUUCAUCCUCCACAACCUGGAACUUCAUUGCCAUUGACCCACGCUCCAAUUCCGGGGACGCCGAUGGCCCAGCCAGCAACUCCAGGAGUCCUGAUGGCUCAGCAACUGUCGCCUGGAGUCCUGAUGGUCCAGCCUGCUGCUCCAGCAGCCCCGAUGGUCCAGCCUCCUCCACAGCCUGCCUUGAUGUCCCACGCCUUGAUGUCCCAGUCUACAGCUUCGUUGACUACAAUGGCCAAAACAGGUCCUGGUGUCGUGGUGAUCCAUUCUCCAGGUGCCAGAGCUCCCAUCAUUCAGCCUCCAGUGUCAGUAGCACCAAUGGCGCAGCCAGUGUUGUCCCCAGGGCAGACACUGGCUUCAUGGGCCCCUCAGAGUCAGCCUUUGAUCCUGCAAAUCCAGUCUCAAGUCAUAAGAACUCCUCAACAGGUUCCCCCUAUCCCAUCAACACCACAGAUACAGCUGGCCACAACCCCAGGCUGGCAAGCUCUCACACCCAGCUGGCAGGUGACCCCCCAGGGGUGGCAGAGCACGCCCUUGAACUGGCAAGCCACGCAGCUCACAUGGCAGGCCCCCGCAAUAGCCUGGCAGGCCUCUUCCCCUGGGCGCCAAGGGUCCCAAACUGUUCGCCCUGGUCCCACACCCAUUCGACCUGGACCACCUCCAAUACACCGCCAGAUACCACCUGUGAUCCGUCAGACUCCACAAGUGAUGCGGCAAACCCCACUGCUUCGCCAGUCCCAUACAGCUAUCAGAUCAGCUACACAUGGCAUAGCGAGCCAGCAUCAGCUUUGGCAAAUCCUGCCACCCCCACCUCCACUGCGUCAAGCUCCACAGGCUCGUCUGCUGAUCCCCAGGAUGCCAGGGACAUCUCACGUGCCUACAGCAUCACAAGUUACUCAGAUACAUUUGGUGCCACAGGCAGGACCACAGGUGGCCCAGACAGUGCUGCCAGGGUCACUGUCUAUCCCAAUUCCUGUGCCCCAGGCUAUCCCUCAGCCUGCUCCCCGAGCUGUGCAUUGCCCAUCCAUCAUCUGGCAGGCCCCCAAAGGCCAGCCCCCGGUGCCACAGGAGCUCCCAGUGCUAGAGGAGCUCCCAGCGCCACAGGAGCCCCCGGUGCCAGAGGAGCUCCCGGUGCCAGAGGAGCUCCCAGUGCCAGAGGAGCUCCAGGUGUCAGAGGAGCUCCCGGUGCCAGAGGAGCUCCCGGUGCCAGAGGAGCUCCCGGAGCCAGAGGAGCUCCAGGUGCCACAGCAGCUCCAGGUGCCACAGGAGGUCCCGGUGCCACAGCAGAUCCAGGUGCCGCAGGAGGUCCCGGUGCCUCAGCAGCUCCAGGUGCCACAGGAGGUCCCGGUGCCACAGCAGAUCCAGGUGCCACAGGAGCUCCCGGUGCCACAGCAGAUCCAGGUGCCACAGCAGGAGGUCCCAGUGCCAUUGGAGUUCCAGGAGGCACAGCAGGCACAGGCAAUGGGCUGGCAGGCACCCAAGGCACCCACUCACUUCUGGCAGGCUAGGCCUGCCCAGGAGGCCCAGGAGCAGGGCCGUAUGGAGCGGCAGCGGCCCUUUCGGAGAGCUCCAGCCUCCUCCCGUGCCAGGCAAGCUCACCUGCCAACUCACCAGGCCCAGCCCACAGGCCUGCAGGCAGAACUGCCCUCAGUACAAGCGCAGCCUUCGUGGCAAGGACCACCCCAGAGCUUGCAGGCCCAGCCAGGAGCAUCCAGAGCACCAACCAAUUUUCCCAGGGGCCCCAGUAGGUCACAGAUGUCUCCAUCAGGAGAACCUGGCCCCUCUUCUGCAGAGCCUCGGGGCCCUGCUAGGGAUCCUAGAGAUCGUAGGACCUCUGGAAGAGGCAGAAAGGGCCCCCCAAAAGAGCGCAUGAUCAUUGGUGCCACCUUCAGUGCUCCAAGGGCAGCAUCAGCUUCCAGGGCAUACCUGCCAGCUGCCUGGAGAAACGUGACUGCCCCAUCAGAGAGCUUAACUGCCGCCUCGAGGGUUUUUCCAUCUACCUCUCACUUCCAGCCUGCCUCUUCUGAUGCCUUUAGCGGUCCGUCUGCCACCUCAGAGAGCCCAAAGUCACUGCCAUUGCCUCUGCAGGACCCUUAUGCCUGUGUAGAGGCCCUCCCUGCAGUCCCCUGGGUUCCCUAUGCUGAUGUAAACGCCCCAUCAGCAUGUAAUGCAGUGCCCACCUUCCUGAUGGUGGCAGCAUCUGCCCCCCAGGCAACUGCCACAGGCGCAGAGGCCUCCAAGUCUGCAGAGCCACCACGGCGCUCCGGCAAAGCCACCAGGAAGAAGAAGCAUCUGGAACCCAAAGAAGAGGACGGCGGCCAUAGGACGGCCUCGCGUGACUGUGACUGGCGGGGCCCCAGACCCUGUGAGAAUCCCAGGCAGAGUGACUGGGAAAUCCAGAGGGCUAUGCAGCUUCUGCAGGACCAGGAAGCCCUCAACACUCCACAGGGUCAUGAUGGCUGGGGAUGCCCCAAUAAUUCUAGGGUUCCAAGGGGCUUCGAUGGCCCCAGCACUUCACAGGACCAGAGGUUCUCUGGUGGCUCAGGGGGGUCUCAGUCAUGGAUGGUCUCGGAGGUCCCAGGCGUCUCUUGGGGACCCAGUGCUGCUCUGGAGGACCCUAAUGGGGAGAGUCAGCCAAUGUCUCCCUUAGAUGAGAGAGCAGAUGCUUUGGUGCAGUUUCUCUUGGUCAAGGACCAAGCCAAGGUGCCAGUCCAGCUCUCCGAGAUGGUAAAUGCCGUCAUCCGAGAAUACAAGGACGAGAGCUUCGACAUCAUCAGCCGUGCCAAUGCUAAACUAGAGUUCAACUUCGGGUGCCAGCUGAAGGAAAUUGACACCAGAACCCACACUUACGUCAUCGUCAAGACGGGGCCUCCUCAGUGUAAUAUGAUGGCAUCCUACUUAGACAGGCCAAAGUUCAACCUCCUGAUGGUGGUCCUGAGCCUCAUCUUUAUGAAAGGCUAUUGCAUCAGAGAGAAUCUUCUCUUUAGCUUUCUGUACCAGUUAGGACUGGAUGUCCACGAGACAAGUGGCCUUUUCAGAAGCACGAAGAAGCUCAUCACCAGUGUGUUUGUGAGACACAGGUACCUAGAGUACAGACAGAUCCCAUUCACGGAGCCGGCAGAAUAUGAGCUUCUCUGGGGACCACGAGCAUUCCUCGAGGCCAACCGAAUGCAUAUCUUGAGGUUUUUGUCCACACUCUAUGAGAACCAGGCCCAGACCUGGACAUGCCAGUAUCUUGAGUCGCUGUCAGAGUUAGAAUACAGGGACACAAACGAGGAGCCCAACGACAGCGAUGAUGACUCCCACGACCCCACCAGCAGUCCCCAUCCUCAUUAAUAGGUUUUUAACAGGACAAUCUUAUCCCUGUGGGUACCAGGCCAAAGGCAAUGGACAAUGGGGGGGAGGAGGGGGGGAACACUGUGCUUUCUGAUGCUUUUGUGAUUGUUCUGUGUGUGUAAGUUUGAAUUCUCAGCCUGUUUUUGUAUUUGCCAAAGCUUUUGUACACUUGUGUGGUGUUUGUGUAAACUGACUGCUAUACCGUCGGUUUUGGGGGGGUAUUUUUUCUUUGUAUUUUGACAUCUGUGUUUUUAAAUGAGACCUGUGGUUCCCUUUUUCUGUAUUCUAACUCUUACGUCAUGGUAUCAGACCAUGCUACCUUUGUGAAAUGAACUGAGAGUCUUUCUGUGUUCUAACCCUUAUGCCAUGGUAUCAGACUCGUGCUACCUUUGUGAAAUGAACUGAGAGUCUUUCUGUGUUCUAACCCUUAUGCCAUGGUAUCAGACUCGUGCUACCUUUGUGAAAUGAACUGAGAGUCUUUCUGUGUUCUAACCCUUAUGCCAUGGUAUCAGACUCGUGCUACCUUUGUGAAAUGAACUGACAGCCUUUCUGUGUUCUAACCCUUAUGCCAUGGUAUCAGACUCGUGCUACCUUUGUGAAAUGAACUGACAGCCUUUCUGUGUUCUAACCCUUAUGCCAUGGUAUCAGACUCGUGCUACCUUUGUGAAAUGAAUUGAUAGUCUAUCGGUCUUGUUCUGUUUAUGUAAAACAAUAGAAUGUUCUUUGGUUGUUACUAUGACUCAUCAGCAAAACACUGUCUGGAGAAACGUAAAGAUCUUUACCUAUAUAAAUAUACUUUUAGCAUAA